AUGGCCUUGCAUGGAAAUGCCACAUCUCUGCUCACUUUGCCAUUGGAACUCCGGGAGCUGAUCUACAAAGAGGUUCUUCUAGCAUCAACGCGAAGGUUUGAUCUGCUCCAGACCUGUAAAGAGAUCAACACAGAAGCUCAGAAGUUUCUCUAUCAGCGGCCGCUGGUAUUUCACAGUCAAGACUGCCUAUACGACUGGUUGACAUUGACUUCAUCAGAACAUUGUUCACAGGUCACUGACAUCUCCGUGUUCAUAAGAGAUGUCAAUCUACGGCCUCUACUGCAGAAGGAUCUUGGCCUAGACAUGACUGCUUCUUCAUCUCGGCUACUCACAUUUGAGGUCUAUGAGGCAGAGCUUGCGAAGAUCCGUGGGUCCUUUGAGAAGAUCCCAAAGGUCUCGAAUCUCACGCUCCGAGUAUUGCCCGAUCGCCAGUCUUUCUUGUAUCGUGAAUUUCUGGCUAGAGUCUUGAAGCUGCUUAGCAAUGUCUACCCUAUGCUUGUCGAAUUCGAGACCGAGGGCAAUAUGGUCCAUCAAAAUCUAGAGUACCUUGCAGGAUUCAGACACCUAAGACACUUUGCAUUCGACGGCGUGUCAGCAUCUUCGCUAGUGGCGACUGUGGACAUUCUCAAUAGCUUGGAACAUCUCCAAAGUCUGUCGUUGACUUCCCAUCAGGCCUUAGCGACCUCUUUGAACUCUCAUCCCAGCCAAUCUUCUUGUUUUACAAAGUCAAGUUCUGAUAACUUGACCUGGGCCACGAAUCUCCAUGGCUUGUUUUCACCAACUGAGGCACUCGAAGAUGAUUCAUCAGAAUUGCUCCUGGCGGCUGAUAUUCUGACCGCUCUACGUGGUCAUAAGACCUUGAGAGAGAUCUCCAUAUACUACGCACAGGAACCAACCCCUGGCCUAUUGAUAGCCCUUGGGCGAAUCGUAAAAAGUCAGGCGGAAAUCAAAAUUUUGAAGCUCGAUUGGCCGAAUCUACCGUCUGAAGUUCUGGUGCUAUACGAUCUAAUUGACGACAUCGAAACAUUUCAAAUCAAGCCUAAAGCCCCGUCAGACGCAAUUAAUGUCAUGUGCCAUGUUUGGACAAGAAGAAGCGAAGGUGAUCUUGGUAAACUGCGCUCACUCAUCCUCGCACGCCCCUCUGAACAUUGGGCUGAGUCACAAACACCAGCUUCGAAUCGCAAAGAUCGCAAAGAUGGUGGGAUUGGAAUCCCGAGGGGUCUUACCAAACAUAGUGAAUGCUCCUCGAGAUCGGCCCCUGAAACUACACAUACGCAUACAAUCGCAUACUGGAAAAAGCAGCUCGAAGCUUUGGAUAUACAGGUCCUAUGGUAUACAGAGCAUUACGUAGGAUAG